AUGGCCAAAGCUUUCUUCAGGCUGCAGAAGUUUCUCCGUCGGACCCAGUUUUUGCUCUUCUUCCUCACAGCAGCUUACCUGAUGGCUGGCAGCCUUCUGCUGCUACAGCGGACCCGCUUGGUUAUCCAACAAGGUUUGCGUGGGACCUCCGCUAAUCAGGCCCUGUCGGUGCCAGACGGGAUGGCUGGGGUUGGGAUUGUAGACCCCAGGAUGCUGCAAAACCCCCGCCCUGGUCCCAGGCUGCUGGUGGGCAUGGACGCACUGCAGGAGCCGGCCCUGGACCAGCGGCACAGCCCGCGAUGGCUUGUGUCCCGCAACUCGGAGCUCAGGCAGUUGAGAAGAAGGUGGUUUCACAGGUUCAUCAGCGAUCAGGAGCCCAUGCAAACAGUGGGAUUUAAAGCGAUGAAGCACACUGCUGAACACAAAGGCACCUACAUGGGAUGCUUCAGUGAUGAUUCAAGGGAGAGGACGCUGAAGGGAGCUGUGUUUUACGACUUAAGAAAAAUGACAGUAUCUCACUGUCAGGAAGCUUGUGCUGAGAGGGCUUACACCUACGCGGGCCUGGCGUACGGAGCAGAGUGCUACUGCGGGAACAAGCUCCCAGCGACCGCCUCAAAGCCCGAGGAGUGCAACAGCGAGUGCAAGGGGGAAAAGGGCUCCGUCUGCGGAGGGGUGAACCGGCUCUCUGUCUACAGAGUGGAGGAGCUGCGGGCAGGAGCGAGACGACGGAGGAAUGUUAUCUAUCGAGGAUGUUUUAGAGCUCCAGAAAAUUUAACAGACACCUUUCCAGCCUCUUUGAUACAGCCCAAUUUGACGGUGGAGAUGUGCUCUGAAUUUUGCUCCAAGAAA